CUCCUCCGGCUAUCAGUCAUCGACAACAGUUGGAAUAAACACGAACAUCAGUAUGGGAGGGUGAGAGAAAGUAUUGCUAUUCUACUCUUAAUCAAAAGGGGAUUCUCACAUCUCAAGCGGUGCGGUUUGUCUUGUGGCGUCCUUCUCAGGGGCGCGGCAUUGUUGCCCGGGAGGAGGGAAAAAGAGUCUGUCAAUUGCGUUCCCAAGGAGAGGAGACGAGGGGAGAGGGGAAAGGAACCGUUACUGUUCUACUUGUCAAAUUGCGUUGCGUCGAGGGAGGGCCAUGAUGGUUGGCUCUCAUUUUUAUUAGCGAGACAUUCCAAUAUCGUAUUUCUUCGCUCAAGCGAAAGGCCGACAAGAAAACAUGCGGACCGUGUCAUCGAUACCAAAGGAGCCGGAGCAGGUGAUGAAACAAAGAGAUGGGUCCGUACUGGGGAAGAAGACGAUACUCAAGAGCGAUCAUUUUCCUGGAUGCCAGAACAAGCGCUUGAUCCCGCAGAUCGAUGGUGCACCCAACUAUCGCAAGGCUGACUUGUUGCAUGUCCACGGUGUUGCUAUUCCAACCAUUCAUGGCAUUAGAAAUGUUCUAGACCACAUAAGAGCUCAAAUGCCGGGGAAGCAAACUCAUGUCCUUUGGAUUAAUCUGCGUGAGGAACCGGUGGUAUACAUAAAUGGACGUCCUUUUGUCUUGCGGGAUGUGGAAAGGCCAUUCUCCAAUCUAGAGUAUACGGGUAUCAACAGGCAGAGACUGGAGCAAAUGGAGGAUCGACUAAAAGAAGAUAUUCUGCUUGAAGCUGCUAGGUAUGGAAAUAAGAUCCUUGUUACUGAUGAGCUACCAGAUGGUCAGAUGGUCGAUCAAUGGGAACCAGUGACAAUUGCUUCUGUAAAAACACCGCUGGAGGUGUAUGAGGAACUGCAAAAACUAAAGUAUCUUGUUGACUAUGAAAGAGUUCCUAUAACAGAUGAAAAAUCACCCAAAGAGCAGGAUUUUGAUAUUCUUGUUCAAAAAAUUUCUCAAGCUGAUAUGAAGACAGAGAUAGUAUUUAAUUGCCAAAUGGGACGUGGAAGAACGACAACCGGGAUGGUGAUUGCAACAUUGAUUUAUCUUAAUCGACUAGGAGUUUCAGGUAUUCCCAGGACCAAUUCAAUUGGCAAAGUUUCUGACUGCAGUUCAAGCAUCACAGACAAUUUACCAAAUUCUGAGGAAGCAAUUCUUAGAGGCGAAUAUGCUGUCAUUAGAAGCCUGAUUCGGGUUUUAGAGGGUGGUGUUGAAGGCAAAAGACAAGUUGACAAAGUCAUCGACAAAUGUGCUUCAAUGCAGAACUUACGUGAAGCCAUUGCUACUUAUCGCAACAGUAUAUUAAGGCAACCAGAUGAGAUGAAGAGGGAGGCAUCACUAUCCUUCUUUGUGGAGUACUUGGAAAGAUAUUACUUCCUAAUUUGCUUUGCCGUCUAUCUCCAUACAGAAAGAGAAGCACUUAAUGCUAAACUCCCAGAUGGGUGCAGUUUCACUGACUGGAUGAAAGCAAGGCCAGAGUUGUAUAGCAUAAUCCGAAGGUUGCUAAGGAGAGAUCCAAUGGGAGCACUUGGACAUACAAUUUUGAAACCAUCUCUAACAAAAAUUGCAGAAUCUGCUGAUGGCCGCCCCUGUGAGAUGGGUCAAGUUGCCGCAAUGAGAAAUGGGGAGGUACUUGGCAGUCAAACUAUUCUUAAAAGCGAUCACUAUCCUGGCUGUCAAGACUCUAGUUUGUCAGAAAGAGUAGAUGGUGCCCCCAAUUUUAGAGAAAUUCCUGGUUUUCCAGUAUAUGGUGUUGCCAAUCCUACUGUGGAUGGGAUUCGAUCUGUCAUCCAACGCAUUGGCAGCUGUAAAGGUGGGCGCCCUGUGUUUUGGCACAACAUGAGGGAAGAACCUGUUAUCUACAUCAAUGGAAAACCCUUCGUACUUCGUGAAGUUGAAAGACCAUAUAAAAACAUGCUGGAGUACACGGGGAUUGACUGUGAAAGAGUCGAAAGAAUGGAAGCUCGUCUGAAAGAUGAUAUUCUGCGAGAAGCUGACCUUUAUCAUGGGGCUGUAAUGGUUAUUCAUGAAACCGAUGAUGGUCAAAUAUUUGAUGCCUGGGAGAAUGUGAGGCCUGGUGCAGUUCAAACCCCAUUGGAGGUUAGUUGCCUAGAGGCUGAUGGUUUCCCAAUCAAGUAUGCUCGUGUGCCAAUCACUGAUGGUAAAGCUCCCAAAAGUUCUGACUUUGACUUACUGUCAAUGAAUACAUCUGCUUCAAAGGACACAGCUUUUGUUUUUAACUGCCAGAUGGGUAUAGGAAGAACAACCACUGGUACUGUAAUUGCUUGUCUUCUAAAACUUCGAAUAGAUUAUGGAAGACCUAUUAGAGUAUUAACUGAUAAUACAUCACCUGAAGAGUUCGGUGGUGGUAUAUCAAGUGGUGAUGAAAGCGAAUGUCAUGCUUCAACAUCUACAGCAAUGACGACAAAACCUCAAAGAUACACAAGUUAUGCAUUUGGGAUAAAUGACAUUCUUUUGCUAUGGAAGAUAACAAGAUUGUUUGACAAUGGGGUUGAGUGCAGAGACGCCUUAGAUGCUGUAAUUGAUAGAUGUUCAGCUUUGCAGAAUAUUCGCCAAGCUGUCUUGCAGUACAGGAAGUUAUUCAAUCAGCAACAAGUUGAGCCUCGGGAGAGAAGAGUGGCACUAAACCGGGGUGCUGAAUACUUGGAGCGUUAUUUUCGUUUGAUUGCUUUUGCAGCAUAUCUUGGUAGUGAAGCUUUUGAUGGAUUUUGUCGACAGGGAGAUUCAAAGAUUACGUUUAAGAAUUGGUUGCUUCAGCGACCAGAAGUUCAAGCCAUGAAGUGGUCCAUUCGGUUACGGCCUGGGCGAUUCUUUACUGUCCCUGAGGAACUGAGAGCUCCACAUGAAUCUCAACAUGGAGAUGCAGUAAUGGAGGCCAUUGUCAAGGAUCGCAAUGGUUCAGUUCUGGGCAAAGGAUCUAUACUGAAGAUGUACUUCUUUCCUGGUCAAAAAACUUCAAGCCAUAUACAGAUUCAUGGAGCACCACAUGUAUACCAGGUGGAUGGUUAUCCUGUAUACAGUAUGGCAACACCAACAAGCGGUGCAAAGGGCAUGUUAGCAUACCUUGGUGCCAAGCCUGAUCCUACUGGAAGCACUCCUCAGAAGUAUGUAACUGAUCUGAGGGAAGAAGCAGUUGUUUAUAUCAAUGGAACGCCUUUUGUGCUCAGGGCGCUGAAUAACCCUGUUGACACGCUGAAACAUGUUGGAAUCACUGGUUCAGUUGUAGAACACAUGGAGGUACGACUUAAAGAAGAUAUCAUAACAGAGAUUAGACAUUCUGGUGGUCGAAUGCUUUUACACCGUGAAGAAUAUAGUCCAGUGUCAAAUCAAGUCAGUGUCAUUGGAUAUUGGGAGAAUAUAUUUGCAGAUGAUAUCAAGACUCCGGCUGAGGUUUAUGCAGCUCUGAAAAAUGAAUGCUAUAAUAUAGCAUACAGGAGGAUACCUUUAACUAGAGAGAGAGAGGCUCUGGCCUCUGAUAUUGAUGCUAUCCAGUACUGCAAAGAUGACUCUGCAGGGUCUUAUCUGUUUGUAUCACACACAGGAUUUGGAGGGGUUGCCUACGCAAUGGCUAUUCUUUGUAUUAAACUUGAAGCAGAUGCAAACUUGACAUCUGUAGUGGUUGCUCCGAGAUCUGUAGUGGUUGCUCCACAUUCAUCCUUUACUGAGGAGAAGCUAGCUUCCCAAACUUCUGAUGAAGAAGCACAGCAAAUGGGUGAUUAUCGGGACAUAUUAAGCCUUACGAGAGUUCAGCAUGGUCCUGAGAGCAAGGCGAACGUUGACACCGUUAUAGAACGGGUGUGCGGGGCAGGACAUUUGCGUGAUGAUCUUUACUAUGCGAAGGAACUUGAGAAACUUCCUGAUGAUGAUGAUGAGAAUCGGGCAUACCUGACUGACAUGGGUACUAAAGCUCUAAGGCGAUACUUCUUCUUGAUCACAUUUAGAUCUUACCUCCACUGCACUUCUGCGACUGCGACUGAGACGAGAUUUACUGCCUGGAUGGAUGCAAGACCGGAGCUCGGCCACCUGUGCAAUAACCUGAGGAUCAAAUGAUGGUGGACCGGACCGACCAUUGGCCGCUUAAAAACACAACCGGAAGCUGGCUUUCCUUGAUAAAUAGUAGUGGUGGCAAGCAAAAAGAUGCAUAUUCGCUACAUGGAUGAAAAUAACGCCACAAAUAAAAUAGUUAUUUUCCUCUAACUUCAUCAUAAAUAAUAUGAAUUACAGUUGGAAAUGCUAUGACUAUUCGUUUUUUAACAUGAAGUGUAAUAGUAUGAUUUUUUAUGAGAAGAACCCAAAUAACUUGGGCCGUUUGGAAUC